AUGAAAAUUAUUUUUAGCAGACAACAUGUCGAGAUUGCACAAACAGAGGAUGCUUCUGCGUUGGCGAGAAAGGAAGGUAUGCCAGGACCUCAAGGUCCUCCAGGUGCACAAGGUAUACGAGGAUUUCCCGGUCCUGAAGGUCUUCCAGGACCUAAAGGGCAAAAAGGUUCACAAGGCCCGCCAGGACCACCAGGAAUGAAGGGUGAUCGAGGAUUGAUUGGUGUACCCGGCUUCCCGGGGAAUGAUGGCGCAAAUGGACGACCAGGAGAACCGGGUCCGCCAGGUCCACCUGGUUGGGAUGGUUGCAACGGAACCAAUGGAGCUCCCGGUGUUCCAGGUUUACCUGGACCACCCGGUAUGCCCGGUUUUCCAGGCACACCAGGUAUUCCAGGACCGAAGGGUGAACCAGCUAUCGGAUAUGCUGGAGCUCCCGGAGAAAAAGGUGACGCAGGAAUGGCAGGAAUGCCAGGCUUGCCAGGACCACCUGGACGAGAUGGAUUCCCCGGAAUGAAAGGCGAUCGUGGUGAUAUUGGCCCAGCUGGACCGCGAGGACCACCUGGUGAGGUUGGUAUGCCUGGAAAUCCAGGUAUCGGAAGUAUAGGGCCAAAAGGAGAGCCCGGAGAUCUUGGUCAGCCAGGACCACCAGGUCCACCUGGACCGCGGGAAUUCACUGGUUCAGGUUCUAUCGUAGGGCCACGUGGUAUACAAGGAGAAAAAGGUAUGAAGGGCGAUCAAGGACCUCGAGGUUUACCGGGUCUUCCAGGUCCGGUGCCAUCAACUGGUGCCAAAGGUACAAUCAUUGGUCCGCAGGGUUCCCCAGGAAUGAAGGGAGAGAAGGGUGAACCUGGAGAACCUGGGGCACGUGGAUACCCGGGAAAUGCUGGUGCACCAGGACAACCGGGUUUUCCUGGUAUGAAAGGUGAAAAAGGAUUGUCAGGACCAGCAGGACCACGAGGCAAAGAAGGACGACCUGGUUUGCCAGGUCCACCCGGUUUCAAAGGUGAUCGUGGAUUGGAUGGUUUACCGGGUGUGCCUGGUUUACCUGGUCAAAAGGGUGAACCAGGAUUUCCGGGUCGAGAUGGACCAAAAGGAGUUCGUGGUCCACCCGGACCACCAGGAGGUGGUGACUUUACGGACGGACCACCGGGACCACCUGGAUUACCGGGACGAGAAGGUCAACCUGGCCCACCAGGUGUUGAUGGUUAUCCUGGACCACCUGGGCCACCAGGUCCCCAAGGACCACCAGGUGGGCCUGGACUUCCAGGUUUACCUGGUUUAGAAGGAUUGCCAGGACCAAAAGGAUCGAAAGGUGACGCUGGUAUCCCAGGGGCACCUGGAGUACCUGGACCACCAGGAUUGCCCGGAUCACGAGGACCUAAGGGAGAACCUGGACCACGUGGUGCUGAUGGAAAAAGUAUUCCGGGUUUACCAGGAAAAGAUGGUAGACCUGGUUUAGAUGGUUUGCCCGGAAGGAAAGGAGAAAUGGGAUUGCCAGGUGUUCGAGGUCCUGCUGGUGAUUCGUUGAACGGACUUCCUGGUCCACCGGGUCCGCGAGGACCACCAGGACCCAAAGGUUAUGAUGGACGAGACGGUGCCCCAGGUUUACCUGGUUUACCUGGACAAAAAGGUGAACGUGGUGGAUCAUGUUCAAUUUGUGUUCCUGGAAUGAAAGGAGAAAAAGGUUCGGAUGGUUAUCCAGGCUUGCCGGGACCGCAAGGCGAAAGAGGAUUAACAGGAGUGCCAGGUGAUCAAGGUCCUCCUGGAGAUGAUGGUAUGCCUGGUGCACCAGGAAGGCCUGGUCCACCAGGACCACCUGGAAAAGACGGCAUUCCUGGUUUGCCAGGGCAAAAGGGUGAACCAACACAUAUGGUGCUUCGACCAGGACCACCAGGAUAUCCAGGUCAAAAAGGUGAAGCUGGCUUCCCAGGCUUGCCUGGACAAAUCGGACUACCAGGGAAGCCUGGCCCACCUGGUUUGCCAGGAUUACCAGGAAUACCAGGACCAAAGGGUGAACCGGGUUUUCCGGGGUUGACAGGAAAACCUGGCAAAGAUGGACUUCCAGGUCUGCCUGGGUUGAAAGGAGCUCCAGGUUACGGCUUGCCAGGAUUGCCAGGACUUCCGGGUCAGAAGGGUGAAGCGGGUAUUCCCGGUCUACCGGGAGCUCAAGGACCUGUUGGACCGAUGGGACCACCUGUAGCUGAAAGUCAACUGAAACCAGGACCUCCAGGAAAAGACGGAUUGCCGGGAUUGCCAGGCCCGAAAGGUGAUGCUGGUUAUCCUGGUGCACCUGGAAAAGAAGGUGUUCCAGGACUUCCAGGUUUGCCGGGACCAAAAGGUAGUGAAGGUAUGCCGGGGCCACCAGGUAUCGAUGGUCAACCUGGGCUACCUGGACCAAAAGGAAAUGCUGGAAAACCUGGCCUACCCGGUUUGCAAGGUCCGAAAGGUGAAAGAGGAUAUCCAGGAUCACCAGGAUUACCAGGAGCUAAAGGAGAACCAGGACUGUCUAUGACGGGACCACCAGGUCCUCCCGGAUUUCCUGGACUGAAAGGAAACGACGGUUUACCAGGAGCACCAGGACUUCCAGGUCCUGAAGGACCACGCGGUUUGCCAGGUGUAUCAGGCUUGAAGGGAGAAGCUGGUCUUCCAGGUGCACCUGGAAUUGCAGGUUUACCUGGUCAAAAAGGCGAUGCAGGAUUCCCGGGACUUCCAGGAGCAGAAGGUCCAGUAGGGCCGCCUGGCAUAGCAGGAGCUCCAGGUUUUCCAGGACAAAAAGGUGAAGAUGGACUACCGGGUUUGCCAGGUGUUGCGGGUUUGAAGGGUGAAGCAGGACUUCCUGGGGCUCCUGGUCUUCCGGGAGCAGCCGGACAACCAGGAUUUCCAGGACUUAAAGGACAAGCAGGACUUCCAGGAAUACCAGGUGCAAAGGGAGACGCUGGGUUGCCAGGUCUACCGGGAGCUCCUGGAGCUAAAGGUGAACGAGGAUUGGCUGGCUUGCCUGGUCUGCCAGGAAUGAAAGGUGCAUCGGGUUACCCUGGUGCACCUGGUAAAGAUGGCCUUCCUGGUAUCCCAGGUGCAAAGGGCGAACGUGGUUUCAAUGGACUUCCAGGAGAAAAGGGCGAACCCGGACCUGCAGCAAGAGAUGGUGCAAAAGGUGACGCUGGUUUACCUGGAGCACCAGGUUUACGAGGACCUCAAGGACCACCUGGAUUACCAGGACUACCAGGAAUAAAGGGUGAAGCCGGAAAACCAGGUUACGGUGCACCCGGAUUGCCAGGAGAAAAGGGUAUUCCUGGUCUGCCUGGAAAACAAGGAAGACAAGGUGCACCUGGGCAAAAAGGACUUGAUGGCGCGCCGGGAUUUCCAGGACUUAAGGGCGAUGCAGGUCUCCCUGGAGCACCAGGAAUUCCAGGACAAAUUGGAUUACCCGGCCUACCAGGACAAAAAGGUGAAGCAGGCUUUCCAGGUCAAUCUGGACUUCCUGGAGCACCCGGUUUGCCUGGUAAAAUGGGCGUACCUGGAAUCCGAGGUGACAAAGGAGUUCCAGGCAUACCUGGAGCACCAGGUGAUCGCGGUUUGGAUGGUCUUCCAGGACAGAAAGGAGAACCUGGAUUGCCAGGAUUGCAAGGUCCAAUGGGUCCACCUGGUCCUAAGGGCAAUAUAGGAGCUCCUGGUUACCCAGGUAUAAAGGGAUUGCCAGGAUUUCCUGGAAAAGACGGAUUGCCAGGUCUCCCAGGAAUUAAGGGUGAAGUUGGAAUGCAAGGAGCACCUGGAAAGGAUGGAUUUCCUGGAAUACCUGGACAAAAAGGUGAAGCUGGCUUACCUGGCUUACCUGGCUUACCUGGCAAGUUUUUUCCGUUACUUAUUAAAAAUGCCAUACACGGAAAUCAUUGUGCGUCAAUUGCUGGGCCAAAAGGCAAUGCUGGGGCAUCAGGUCUUCCGGGCAAGGAUGGCCUUCCUGGAUUACCUGGAAUGAAAGGUGAACCAGGACUGUCAGGAUAUCCUGGAGCAUCAGGAGUGAAAGGAGAAGCUGGAUUACCUGGAAUCCCGGGAGCUAAAGGAGAACCAGGACUACCGGGACUACCAGGUUUGCGUGGAAAAGAUGGACUUCCUGGAGCACCUGGUAUAGCCGGAUUACCAGGCAUACCAGGUGCAAAAGGUGAUGCUGGACUACCGGGUGCUCCUGGUGUACCUGGUCAACCAGGUUUACUUGGAUUGAAAGGAGAACCAGGUCUUCCCGGAUUUCCGGGUCCGAAAGGUGAAGCAGGUAUACCAGGAAAACCAGGAUUACCAGGACUACCAGGUUUAAAAGGUGACUGUGGUGUCCCUGGAGUACCGGGUCGAGACGGUGCCCCAGGCAAAAUUGGCGAACCAGGACCGAUGGGUCCUCCAGGAGCUGAACCGUUAACACUGCGUGGUGAGAAAGGUGAUCAAGGACCAAUGGGUGUGCCGGGUAUCCGAGGCGAGAAAGGACUUCCUGGUUUGGAUGGUUUACCAGGACCAAGCGGGCCACCAGGACCACCAGGAUUGAAAGGAGCAGAUGGUUUCCCAGGACUACCUGGCUUACCCGGUGAAAAAGGAGCACCUGGUUUGCCCGGCUUUCCAGGUGUAGAAGGUACACCAGGACCACCAGGACUUCCAGGAUCAGGUGGACCACCAGGCGCACCAGGACCCGCAUACAGGGAUGGAUUCUUACUCGUCAAACACAGUCAAACAACUGAAGUACCUCAGUGUCCACAAGGACAGCAGAAACUGUGGGACGGUUAUUCUCUGCUCUAUAUCGAGGGCAAUGAAAAAUCACAUAAUCAAGAUCUUGGUCACGCGGGUUCAUGUUUGACGAGAUUUUCAACGAUGCCAUUUUUGUUCUGUGACUUCAACAACGUCUGUAAUUAUGCAUCUCGUAAUGAUAAAUCAUACUGGUUAUCAACAACAGCUCCAAUACCAAUGAUGCCUGUUAAUGAGCAAGGUAUCGAGCCAUAUAUUUCAAGAUGUGCUGUAUGCGAAGCACCAGCAAACGUUAUUGCGGUUCACUCUCAAACUAUUCAAAUACCAAACUGUCCAAAUGGAUGGAACUCACUUUGGAUCGGUUACUCAUUUGCUAUGCAUACCGGUGCGGGAGCAGAAGGUGGUGGUCAAUCUUUGAGCUCACCUGGUUCAUGUCUUGAAGAUUUUCGAGCAACACCUUUCAUUGAAUGUAACGGUGCUCGAGGUAGCUGCCAUUAUUUCGCCAAUAAAUUCAGUUUUUGGCUUACAACAAUUGAAGAUGAUCAACAAUUCAGGAUCCCAGAAAGUGAAACACUGAAAUCGGGAAGUUUACGAACACGGGUCUCCCGAUGUCAAGUGUGCAUAAAAGCUACAGAUUCGAGCCGAUUUCCAUACAAGCAGUAG